AUUAAAGCAGGUUUGACUGUAUUUGCUUUUCCAAACUCACCACAGUGUGACUGCGGCUUUGCGCAUCAUUUUUGUGAUAUAUAAAAUAUAAAUCUUUACAACAUGACUGGGGCUCUGCGGAUCAUCACGAUUAAACAUUGAUUUGUUAAAUAUGAGCAGAAACAAGUAUACCAUUUAAAUGUACAGAAUCGCAAAUCGUAGUUUUCUAAAUUAAUUGUUUUCUUGUAAAUUGUUAAUUAAUAAUUAUUUUGUAAAUGUUUUAUCUGCACGACUAGGGAAGAACAGUCUUCGGGCUGAGACAGGCCCCGUGCGUAAAUGAAAUAAACUGAAUGUAAUGCAAUGAACAUUCAUCUUGUCCACGGGUUCGGGAAGGAUGCAGGCAAUCAACUAGCCAGCCAAGUCACCAGACGUGGGCCCUGGGAAUCACCUGACCCAGUCGUCUGGUUCGUCAACCUCCAGUUUCCGACAUUUCGCAAUUGUUUGACCAACAUUUCCACUGCAUUUGUUAUUUUGUGCCUGCUACGUGUAGUGACAAGUUAGUUCAUGUCAAUGUUCACUGACCAUUGUGUGCCUACAUAAUUAAGUCCGAAAGGAGACAGUAUAUACAUCCAGAGGAUCAGAGAGUGUUGUUACAAAACUAGGAAUAUAGAGAACCGGAUCUGUUUGAAAAAGGGGAUUUUAUUUCCGCCUGCCAAUAGUCAACGGAGUUCAUUCAGAUACGUGAUAAUGUAUCAAUGAUUUGCUAUUCUUCCAAAUGGGUGAAGAUAAAAGGGCACUCGUGAACAUCUGAUUGAAUCAAUGCUCCGAAAAAAUUAUUAGAAAACGUUGUCAUUUUUCACGUACAGAGGGAGGCUCAUCGGCAUCCACCUUGAAUCCGUGAUUGAAUGACUGCCCAUCAAGCCCGUCGAGAUCGUUCGUAGAUGCGUCAUUCGGAAUGGCAGAACAGGAAACGAUUGAUGCGAUGACAAGCGCAGCAGCGAAAGCUGAUGAUGCAGCCCUAGUGAAAAUUCUUGAUGGAGCUCCCCCUGGGAUCGUCAACAGACCCAACAUAUAUGAUCGUACAGCCAUUCAGGUCAUGAAUUCUGACAGCCCGAGCACGGCCCGUAUCCUGAUCGACCACGGUGCCGACCUCGAUCGCCCCGACCCUAGCGUACAACGAACCAUCCUUCACGACAUCGCCGAAAGGGGAUGUAUUGAGACCCUCAAUCUCCUGCUCGAACACGGGGCCAAUGCCACGGCCCGGGAUAACAUGGGCAACACCCCCGCACACCUUGCUGCCGAAAAAGGAGGCAGUUACCGAAUUCAGAUCUUGGACAGAUUGUCACAAAACUGUACAUUGACAGAGGUAAACGCAGCAGGCAAAACACCCCUGGAUCUUGCCAACGAAGGAAAUCAUAGGGAGGUCGUCGAAUGGCUUCAAAAUUUCUAUACUCGAGUGUUUCCACUCCAAUUCUUAGUGAGGAGAGUGAUAACAAUGCGUGUCCGGGUCAUCAACAACUUACAUAAUCUCCUACCAUCCAUUCUCAUUGAUUACCUACAUGGAAGAAGACCAAAAUAGAGGCAAAUAGUUCAUCGUUAGAGAUUGCUAUAUUUCAAAUGUAUAUGGUGAUACCGUGAUUUUUCAUUAUUAUUGAAUACAUUAUAUCUCUAAGUGUACUGGAAACACGAUUGGAUGUGCUUUCGAGACAUUCUUAAAGAGUAGAUUACCACUCUCUCAUCAUCUCAUCUGUACCGUAGUCUGGCUGACCGUUGGGGCACCACUGUAGAUUUUGCAACCAGCUUCCUCCAUUCCUCGCGGUUCUCAGCUUUCCGCCGUAUGAUGUUCCAGUCAAGGCCAGUCCAUUCUUUGAUGUUGUCUUCCCAUCGUUUCUUCUGUCUGCCUCUUCGUCUUCCUCCCUGUAUACUGUUCCUGUAGGAUAGUCUUGACCAGUCCAGAUGAUCGUGUGACGUGCCCGUACCACUUCAGUUUACGUCUUUUUACUGAAAUAUUACCACACCUCUGAGUAAAGCGAGUUCAACAGCUAAAAAUGGAAAAUGUUAAUGGUGGUGGUGUACAGACAAGAGGAAAAUCAGAGCUAUCUAUACCCAGAGUUGGACCAUCUCGGUUCCAGUUCCAAUCAAAAAGUAAUGUGCGCCAUGCAUGUUGUGUCGAAGUGGGACCGAAGUUACCACAUGAUGUGCCUCAAUGUAUCUACAGAAAAACCCUGAGCUGUCUGUACACAAAGUGUGGACAACUUGGUGUCAGUUGGUUACAACAUGGCGUUCUUUUGUUUUGUGCUUGCCCAACAAAGCAGUACUCGCCAUUAUAGUGCCCGACUCGAACCGGGUUUGCUAAAGCCUAAACUUUCCUCAGCCUAUAGCUCUGAGAAAACUUUAAACAUACCUAUAUUAUAAUGUAGGUACUCGAGGAAAACUUAGAGCCAUCUCUGUGUAUAUAGAUGGCUCUGGGAAAACUGAAUGGAUAGUGCCCUCUAGAGCUAUAUACAUGUACAUUCUUCUUUUCUUUAAACCAGCACAACUUAUAACUGUAUAAACUCUAUCUCCAUCUAACUUGUAGCCAAAGGCAACACACAGCAAGAGGCACUGGUUGCCCCGUUUAGGACCACCCUUUGACGAUUUCCUUUGUAAAAACUUGGAACUAAAGAGAGUUUCAUCGAAAUUGGUGAUCAGUUCUCAAAUAAAAGACGAUUCACAGACACUGCCACUUUUAGGAACUUCCGUCAGCCUCUCAAUCCUCUUGUAUUUGAUAUAACGGUGCAUGUCCUACAAACAGACAAGGUCUUCUGUGCACUCUAUCAUUCCCCUCUAGCUGUCUCAAAGACAGAUUUACACACUAGGAAUAUGACAGACAAAGAAAGCGGACAAAAUAUACAGUUCCUCAGGUAGACAAAG